AUGGUUGCAACAACGCCGGCAACUGCCCCGGCAACCACUCCCGGCCCCUGCACCGGCAACCGCGCCUGCACCGGCAACCGCGCCUGCAGCGGUCCUUCAAUCCACACCUCGCGGUGGCACUCGGCCACCACCACACACAUCGAGGACUUCGGAGAUCCGUCAGAUAAGGUGCCCCAUCUGUCGACGCCCACACCGGCUGCACCAUUGUGGCAUAUUUCGGGGCCGCAUCACACGCUGCUACAUCGCAGCGCGGCACGCGAAGUGAAUCGGCUACCCAUCCAGCGCGGCCGCAUACCCCGCUCCCAAUCCGCAACUCGUGGCGCAUCCCAUCGACGCGGAACCUCUUUGCGGCAUCGACAGCCUGGGCCACCACCUCGUCGGUCUACUGGGCUGAGCAGCGUUGUGGCUACGCUGCAACAACUGCAGCGCCUUUUAGGCUAA